AUGAAGUUCUCCUCAGUUAUUAUCAGCAUCAUCUCCCUGACGGUGGGAACGGCCAUCGCCAACCCGGCCAGGCUUGAGAACCGACAGAAAGCCCCAGGUGUUGGCGACCCAAAUGCUCAGUGCGAUGGGAAGCAUGACUGUUGCUUUAGCUCAGAGGCUGCCUGCUUUAGGCAGUACGGUACUCUUCCCGGCAACAUUUACUGUCCUCUGCACAAGUAUUGUGCUACAGACUACAAUAUCCCCCGCACCAAAUGUCGUCCGAUACCGUCGAUCAGCAUAAACAAGCCCAAACCCCUCCCCUCCCCCCCUCACAACCCCCUCAACCUCCCCAACAACAACAACAUGAUCCCUAACCCUCACCAUCCCCUCCCCAAGAGCCCGGCACUUGAUCACAUACAACACCCCCUUCCCUUCAACGUCCGGCUCGGCGUCCGGACGUUGAACGUCACCAGCGGCACGGGCUCCAUGCUCAAGCUCACGAAGCUCGACAUCGUCAUGCCCCGUGGCCGACCCGCGCGAUCUGUGGCCGUGGCGACGACGACCGAGUGCGCUAGUCUCCGCAUCACGCCGCAGAGCUGUGCUGGGAGGUCGGCUGUGGGGUCGUGGGUUGUUGUUGGGGGUUGGUGGGGUUCUCUGCGCCAUGUUGUCGUUGGUGUCAUUGGUUUCGAGGAGGAAGAGGAAGAGGAGGAGAGAUAUCGCGGUGUCGUGUGUAUUGUUCGGUGGUGCUCGGAGGUCGGUGGGUUUGGGCCGACGGGCCCUGCUUCCAAUCAGGGUCCGCUGAACGCCGCCUCCUUCGGUCCUUGGCCGGCCGACGCGACGCAGCGCGGCCCCCAGCACACGAGCUCCGGUCAUCGCAUGCGCCGGAGCUUAGCCCGAGGUUGCCGUACGGGGUAG